UUUAUUUAAAUUUAAUUUCCUUUCCGCGCAAGGUGCUCUGCAGGCUGUUGUGCCAAAGUCAUAUUAACCCCACGACUAGUUAAUAUGCAGUGCACGACGUUGCCCACGCGCGAUGAAUAUUCAUAAUAAUGGCGGGUUUUUUCCCCGUGACUCCUCCCUUCCCGCCCACGUCGCGCGACGUAGCAAAACCCGGAAGUGUGGCUCCUACUCACUGUUGUUGCUGUUGUUGUUUAUUCGAGCACAAAUGCUCGGCGUGUGGCUGCUGCUAACUUAUCUGCCGCUGUCGGUGGCUGAUAACAUGACUGAUAAGACUCAGCUGCCGAGCAGAGGACGAGCUCUGAGGGGAAGGGAGGAGAAAAUGGUCGUGGCAGAAAAGCAUGCCGUCAACGGGAAUCCCAUGGUGGAGCCUUUCCCACAGGGCAUGGAAACCAUUAUGUUUGGUAUGGGCUGUUUCUGGGGAGCUGAGAAACUUUUCUGGCGCCUUCCAGGAGUCUUCUCCACUCAAGUUGGCUUCGCCGGCGGCUUCACACCCAACCCCAAUUACCACGAGGUCUGCACAGGUUUGACGGGCCACACUGAGGUAGUGAGGGUGGUCUUUUCCCCUCAAGAGAUCAGCCUGGAGGAGCUGCUCAAACGCUUUUGGGAGAACCACGAUCCUACACAAGGUAUGAGGCAGCACAAUGACCACGGUACCCAGUAUCGCUCUGCCAUUUACACAUCCAACGCCGCACAACAGGAGAUCGCACUAAAGAGCAAAGUGGCCUUCCAACAGGAGCUGAAUAAGAAAGGCCACGGCUCAAUCACCACCGAGAUCCUGGAAGGUCAGCACUUUUACUACGCCGAGGACUACCACCAACAGUACCUGAAGAAGGUGCCCAAAGGCUACUGCGGCAUCAAGGGCACAGGGGUCACCUGCCCCCUCCAGACCCCAAAGGAUGAGCUCUAAGGGACGCGCGAUUAAAAAACGAGGCAUUUCUGCAAGAUAAAUGAAUCUGAAGGUAUAAAACAUGAACAUAAUGUCAAGUUGAACAUACUUUUAAAGGCUCACACUGCAAAAAGUGUGGAAAAGAAGUCUCAUUUCAUGUCUAAUAAAACAAUUUUAUCAAAAUA